CGCCCCUCGGAGGGCGGCAGGAGAGUUGAACUUGGGAGCCGCUCCGUAUGGGGCCUCGGCCGCGGCGCCGGGCGGCCUGACGAGAGCCCAUCACGCGGCCUCAAGGCGCCGCGCUCUUCGCCGGGGGGAGGAGGACGGGAGCGGACGGCCGAUGGAGAGGCAAGAGGACGGGAGGGACUGGGCGUACAGGGUUGAUCCGUAUGGGUUUGAAAGGCCAGAAGACUUUGACUAUGCAUCCUAUGAAGCAUUCUUUUCCAGAUAUCUAGUGGUACUCACUAGAAGAGCAAUAAAAUGGUCCAAGCUCCUAAAGGGGAAAAACAAUGUACAGAAGAGUUUAAAAGUGAAGAGAUAUAUAAGGAAAGGCAUCCCAAAUGAACACCGAGCACUGAUCUGGAUGAUUGUGAGUGGGGCUCAAACCAACAUGGAACAAAAUCCUGGAUAUUACCAUAGACUGCUUGAAGGAGAGAAGAAUGACAAGCUGGUUGAAGCAAUCAAAACAGACAUGAACAGAACAUUUCCAGAUAAUGUAAAAUUCCGCAGAACCGCUGAUCCCUGUCUCCAGCACACACUCUACAAUGUGUUGGUAGCAUAUGGGCAUCAUAACAAAGCAGUAGGAUAUUGUCAGGGCAUGAACUUCAUAGCUGGAUACCUGAUUCUUAUUACAAAGAAUGAAGAGGAGUCCUUUUGGUUGCUAGAUGCUCUUAUUGGAAGAAUAUUGCCUGAUUAUUACAGCCCUGCAAUGUUGGGCCUGAAAACCGAUCAAGAAGUCCUCGGAGAACUUGUGAAAAUGAAAGUUCCAGCUGUGGCAGAGCUGAUGGAAAGACACGGAGUCAUGUGGACCCUCGUGGUGUCUCGCUGGUUUAUCUGCUUGUUCAUUGACAUUCUUCCAGUAGAGACUGUGCUCCGAAUAUGGGAUUGUUUGUUCUACGAAGGGUCAAAGAUCAUCUUCCGCGUGGCCUUAACCUUAAUCAAGCAGCACCAAGCUUUUAUUUUGGAAGCCACGAAUUUCCCUGACAUUUGUGACAAAUUUAAGCAGAUCACCAAAGGAACGUUUGUAACGGAGUGUCACAGCUUCAUGCAGAAAAUAUUCACAGACCCUGGAAGCUUGUCCAUGGCAACAAUCAACAAACUCCGUGAGAGCUGCAGGGAGAAGGUGCUUUCUCAGGGAUAACCCACGCGCCUGCAGCAGGGGUUCAGAUACUCCAGCCCAUGACACAUUCCUCUAUUUGCACUGACUAAAGCACACUUUAAGCUUUCCGUGAGUUAACUGACACUUGACCAAUUUUUCCUGCCUUUUCAAGUAAGUGUUGUUAAUACUUUGUACUGUAUGUCUGACUUUGUAACUGGAACUGGUGGUUCCGUGGGUGGUGUUUGUUGGGGAGUUGGUAUUUUUUGGAUUAAAGUGUUUUCAGAUUGUAGAAUGUGAUCAGUGUCAGGACACUCCUUUUUUUUAAAAAAAACAUAUAUACCAGUUUCCCUCCUUGUCUUUUCAGGGCAUUUUGUAAUGUUGAAGCAGGUGUAUAAAAUGACAUAUCCUUCCUCCUGUAUUAACUGUGACAGCACCAUCAUUUGUACAAAAUAAAUUAAUUUAAUUUGUCAGAACCCGUUUCUUGGU